GUUUACGGUACGGAAUCCACUACACCGACCCCUCCGAGUGGUCAGCCGCGAACGAAAUAUUGUUAAACGGAGCGGAACACCGCCGGUAGGUCGCGUUUGCUCGAGGAUACAGACCGACAAAAUGAAGGAUAUCAGUAGCGGCAAGGCAAAUCUGCACAAGGACACCCUCUACAAGGAUGUGGUUGUGAUAGGCAAUGGACCGAGCGGCAUAUCGCUGUCGUACAUGCUGGCGGGCCACUGGCCGUACUGGGUGCCGGAGCGGGCCCAGAAGCACCCGGACGAGCUGCUCCGGGCCCGGCUUGGCUACUACGACGCACAGAAGAGCCUGGUCGAGCACGAUCUGUUCAGCUUGGCCGACGGGCUCGAAGGACGAAGCACCAAUCCCGUUUCGUUGCUGCUCGACAGCCUCCAACACCCGUGCGCCGAUCUGGGAAUGGACCUUCCAUCGAUGGUCGAGUACCGGUAUCAUCCAGAGAAGCAGAUUGAUCAUCUCGUGCUGGGACGGGGGCCACCGGGCGGUUCCUGGCAUCGGAUGGACCCGAACCUUCGUACCCUGUCGCUGGCCGCCUGGAUGUCGCUGCCUGGGCUUCCGUUCGCCGACUGGGAAUCGCGUCAUCCUGCCGGAGUGACGGAGGACAACACUGAUUAUGAGAUGGAGCGACGGAGGAAGCUUCACCGCGCACCACUUUCGGCGGAAGUCCACGGUUGUGUACGGUGUGCCAGUGAGCAGGCGAAGCAUAGGCGGCAGGCGGCGAAUGUGACAGAAACCGGACAGCAGAAAGUGACCUUAGCAAAGUGUAGCAAAUGUCGCAAUGCCGACAGUAACAACAACGACAGCAUCAACAUUAACCGUUACAACAAAGAACGGCUGCUAGUUGGCGGUGGACCAACCGACGGACCGACGGAAGGCAACGUGGUGGCCGUGCUGGACGAACGGAGCGGCAAGGUGAACGUUAAGCUGCUUUGUCCACCGCGCCGAAACCUGUCGCUGAAGCGCCAGGUGUCGAAGGAGGUCGAAACGCGGGCCCUGAUAUCGCGCGUCGCCCAGUACUACGAGGGAUACGUUAGCGAGAUGGGCCUCGAGAAGUACUUCAUGAACUCGACCAUCGUCACGACGGUGGUGCCGCUGGACGCUUCCACCACGGGUGCGCCUGUUCCGGCUCGGCUCCGGCAGGGUCGCUGGAUCGUCGCCGGAUUCGACGUAACGACCAACCGGCGGUUCCAAGUCGUGUGCCGAAAUCUGGUGCUAGCGAACGGGGCCUCCGAUCUGGCCAAUCGAUUGGGUGUGAAAGGCGAAGGGCUGCAGAUGCCGUGGGUCAAGUACGAACUGCCGCAUCUGGAGCACGCGUUGGAGCGCUACGAUGAGCCGGCCCGGACCCAGCUGAAGCCGGUGUUGAUCGUCGGUGCCGGGCUGAGUGCCGCCGAUGCCGUCACCAUCUGCCGAUCGUCAGGCAUACCGGUUGUGCACGUGUACCGGAAUCGAACGGCCGGCCUGGACAAAAUGCUACCCGGCAAUGUGUACCCCGAGUACCACGAGGUACACAAGAUGAUGAAGGAUUCCAACCGGAAGCACGAACUCUACACCCCACUGCCGGAGCACACGAUUGUGGACCUUUCCGUUGGUGGUGGCGAAACACAUCGCGUCACAGUCCAGCACCUCAAGACGGGCGAGCGGCGCGAGAUCGAGGUGUCGUACUGUGCGAUACUGAUUGGUUCGCGGCCCGAUCUGCGCUUCAUUUCUUGCCUCGUAGAUGGUAGCGCGGCCACGGGAGUGCCAGCCGCACCUUCCGACUCGGAUGUGGAAGAGGAAACGGACCGUGGCUUCGCUCGUCGGGCGCCACCGACCCAACCGCUCACGAUGUGGACGUUCACGGAGCAGCUGCUCUUUUCGCGUCUCGGGCGCAAGCUGUUCUGGUUCAAAAACAUGUGCGCCAAGUGCAAACACAUCAAUCUUACCGAUAAGACGCGCCACAAGCAGCAGCUGCAGCAGUACCAUCAUCAACACCAACCGCAGCACGGACUGCUGGCUGCCCUCGGUGGCUUCUGUCAGCACGAUGAGGCCGACACGGCACCGUUCGGCACGAAUCCGGGGGCGUUGCAGCAGCGGCAACAGCUGAGCGCCGCGUCCGGUAUCGGGCUGGGCGAGGAUCGUACGAAGCCGAUCGACUGCAAGAACAACCCGAUCGAUGUGGACAAGUACACGAACGCGGUGCUCCGGUCACCGCACGCCGGCCUGUAUGCGAUGGGGCCACUCGUGGGGGACAACUUUGUGCGGUUCAUUCCGGGCGGUGCCCUCAGUAUUACUGCCGCGCUGCACAAGCGGACGGAGAACGAUUGACUCGACCACGGAUGUCCCGGCCGCCGGGUUGGUGCCUUCUUGGGGCGUGUUGUUCAGGUUUGAGUUUGCAUCACCCACCUUCCGAGGAUGUUCCGCAGGGGUCGCAGCAGUGCGCGAAGCAGUGCACACCAGAGGUCCACGUGACCGGUGCGCCAGCCUGCGGAUUAGCUGUUUCGCAGACGGAAGACAACGUCUGCGCUCCGUUGACUAGCGAAACGGAAACUCUACACAUUUGACGAAGGAGCCAUCAGCGCAAAUCGACCAACGUGGAAGUCAAUUACCCAUUUCAGAGGCGGAUGCGUAUUUCGUAUUUUCAAUUACAGUUCAAUUGAGUUGAGGAUUGUGAACUUUGUGUUUCUUAAAGGUUCCCCCUUCUUUGUCAGAACCUGAAGAAGAUUGUUUAGUUGUGUUGUCACACGCUUUUCGUUAUAAGGAUUUAUGGUACACGGAUUCAUCACAGACCUGAUCAACCGAACAUUUCACACGAAUACCGAUCCUACAAACAUUCCCAAUAAUUCGCACGCCAUUGCCCUACCAAAUACUCGUCUUCACUUAACUUAAUGAUCGCCGAUAAUCUAACGAACACGACGCCACCUUUAGCGCUACUGCUCAAAGAGUCCCCCUGAUACGAAUCAUUAGUGUCGGUCUGUGAUUUGAUUUUGAUUUUUAUCCUAUACUCUUAAGAGGCUGCUUUAAGUAAUUUAUUUUUCAUUUAUUAAUCGUACAAAUUGUGCUGGUUCUGAAAUAACAUUUCCUAGCCUCUCUUUGCUACUAGUAGAGCGUGACCGUUC